CCCUUUUGCUCCCCACAUUCGCUUCGCGUUUCGACGUGCAGCCAGAGCCUGUUCGCGAGUUUUGUGUCAAGUCAAGAAAGGAAAAAAAAAGAGGUGCAAGGAGGAAAUCGGAACAAGAAGGCCAGCAGCAGCACUUUCACGCCAUAAAACCGUGACCCCGUCCGCGCAAGGCAAGUUCCGAGGUCGCGCCGGCUGCCAUCCGAAACGUCGUCGCGAUUUGGAGAGCGAUGGAGUGGGAUCACCCGGAAACGUUUACUUGAAGUUUGCGUUCCCCUUCCAUUUGAGAGAAGAAAUUUGGUUGGUUGAAACGAGGUUGUGGAACCGUUUUGAGGCGACGAGGGGUGGCCAGGAUUGUGUGGGGGUGGCGCAAGGAUGAGUGCGGAUGAGUUUAUUUAUAGCGUGAUAAACAGUGAUACGGUGGGGCAGCUGGACUUGAACGUGAUUGCCAACACGUUGGCCAGUGCCGAUGCGUUGAUCCGGCAGAUAAAGGCCCAGCAGGAGGAGAAUGGUGCGCUGAAGGAGAAGAUUACGUCGUUGCGGAGUUCGGCGCUGCAGAUCAAGCAGCUGUACGAGGCGGAACUGGGGAAGAACCGAGGGACGGCGGAACGCGAGCAGGAUUACAUAAGGCAGCUGGGGGAGCUGGAGGAGCGGACACGGGACGCGGAGAAUGCCCGGGUCAAUGCGGAACUGCGGGAGAAGGAAACGGUGGCGGAGUUGGAGCGGAAGCUGGACGCGAGCCAGGAGCGGUACGACGGGUUGGCCGGGGAUGCGUUGAGGAAUGCGGUUCUGCUGGCCGAGAGUGGGCUUCUUCCGGCCGACCAGCAGCCACGGCUUCGAGAGUUGAGGCACUACUGGCAAAGUCAACAGCAAAGUGGGGUGGCGUUGCCGGAGGACUUGGUGGCAAUCUUGGCUAAGAAGAAGUUCUCUCGUAAGAAGCGACGAUCGGACGCGGAGUUCCGCGAUCAGGCCACGAUGACCUGUGGUCCCACGCUCAUUUCUACGGCGGUCAACACCACCGCAGAACCUUCUCCAGCUGCCGCGCCAGCCAAAACCUUUGCCGACAAGGCCACCAUGUACUCUAGCUCGACCGUGACCCGGUCCACGUGCACAUCCGCCUUCAUCCGACGCGUCGACGUUGGCGUCAACUAUCCCGAGGUCGUGCCCAAGUCCAUCGACGACAUUCUGCGCGAGUGCGUCAUCGAAAUGCCUUCCCUCCUCUCACCCAUCCUGGACGACCUCCCGCCAGUCCAGAAGGAGUCCAUCGAAACGCAAACCGAUGAGCCCGUUGAAGUCGUCGCCGUCACCACCACAACGACCACGACCACCGUCGGAACCAACACCACGCUGCGGAACAUCCGCCGGCGGUUAGAUUACGUACGCAAGACUGAAAACCUCGCCGGCGGCUUGACCAUCAAAAAAGAGGAAACCAUCUCGCCGGCCAGCUCGAUCCAGAACCUGCCGACGGCCGUGGCAGCCGCCGCCGCCGCAGCCACUCCGACCGAAGUGAACCCCCAGCUGACGCAAAUCUGGGCCCUGCUCGGCGAAACCAUGUUCCGGCUGCUCGGCAAUGGGCGCAUGUUUGACAGCCAGCAGCAGUGCUUCAACACCAUCAACGAGCGAUUGGCCAUGGUCAACAGCCUGAUCGAUCCGGAAGCGGUCCGGCGGGGACCGAGCGCGACCCAGCUGAUGAUGAGCGAGGCGCUGGCGGCGGCGGCCGCGCAAGCUGCGAUGCUCGGGGACGGAGCGAGGAAGGUGACGCCGGUUGUGAAACGGGCGGCGAGCGUCCCGGCGGGUGGGAAAGGCGGCGACGAUUACGAGGCGGAUGUCGCCGAGGAAGCUUCCAACGAACCGUGGGAGGAUGUGCCUUCGGAGCGGUCUCCGGAGAUGCCUGACGAAGAGGAGGAGACUCCGGAGCAAAGGCCGGUGAUGGAGGUUGCUGAAAAUGUGAUUCAACAGCAGGAGCAAGAACAGGUUGUGAAUGAAUUUACUGAAACUGCUUCGGAGGCGUUGCAGGAGAUUGAAGAUUCGGUGGUGGAAAGCUUGCCGCCGGAGCUUGAAGAAGAAAUUGUAACGUCUUUGCCAACAAUUGAACAACCUGUGAAUACUUCCUCAUCAACGGAUGAAACCAAAGAAAUCGAAAAAUGCUCAAAGGAGCAAAGUCCUGCGGCAACGUCGGCGGUUACUUCGAACGAAGAGCCCGAAAAGAUCGCCCAAGAAAGUGCCUCCGUUGAACCGGAACAAGAACCCGUCGAAAUCCAAGCCACCUCCUCAAUCGAACCGGCUCAAAUUCGGCCAGAUUCGCCGCUUGCGAUAGAGACCGAAGAAAUUCCCAGUGCCCGCUCCCCCACACCUCAAGAACCCGCCCUCAACCAGUCCCUCCCGGCGGAGUUCACCCUGGCCGACCUCUCCGACAGCGACGGUGCGGGCAAGAAGCACUACCUGGACGUGCGGCUUGGCGACGAUGGCAGCGACUCGGCCACGGCGACCGACGACGAAGAGUCCACCGAACGGAUGAUGAUCAUCGUGGAGGGGUCACCGGCGCGGUCUAUGGCUAGCUCGAGCUGCACCUCGAUCGGCAGCAACGGCACGUUGAUAUCGCCCAUCAAGGUGCGCGAAACGAACGACCUGGUCAAGGAUCAGUUCAAAACGCCGACGAGUCCGGCCAUUAGCAAGCGCAAGCUGCGCGAGCGGACGGAUUCGGGCAGCUCGGCCGGUUCGAGUAGGAGUAGUGCGGGUGCGAGGAAUCCGAAGAAGCGGGGGCGGUUGUCACCAGAGACGGAGUCGCUGCUGGAGGACGAUUGGGAUCGGAAGUUUUCCACGAUUAAGGACUACUUUGCGCUGCCGUCGAGCUUGAACCCGAUCGAUAGUGGUGUUAUGUGGGAUGACGAGGACGAUGAGGACAUGGACGAGGAGUUUAAGAUGCCGUUGGAACCGCUGUCGCAAACGGUUGUUAAAGAGGAGCGGAAGGUGGCACCGGUUUUGGAAGAACCCAAACCCUCGACCAGCACCGCGCCCUGGAACGACUUCAAGGUCCCCCUGCAAAUUGACGUUCCUCCGUCGAACAUCGCGACGACCGAUUCUCCCGAGUCGCCACCGCUGGAAGAUUCGCCCAUGUCGCCGGACGCGGAAGCAUUUACCGCCGAAGAUUCCCCAAUGUCCCCACUCCCGGAAGACGACGGCACCCCCCUCAGCUACGAUUCGCCAAUGUCUCCGCCACCGGAGAGUCGCGGCUCGAUGUACACCGUAGAUUCGAGGGUGAUUCCGGUGAAUAACCCGCUGGCCAGUAGGUUGUCCCAGGAGUACGACAAUACGCCGAUCGGCAAGACGAUUGCGCGGUACAGCAGCGGGCGCCGAGCGGAGGUCCUGCGGAAUAUGGCGCCCGAGAUGGCGCCCAAGGAGGCGGGAAUGGUGCGACGGAUUGUGGCCAUGAUCCAGAGGCACGUGGCCGCAGAAUGGACGGUGGAGAACGUGCAGCGGAGUUGUGCGGAAAUUUUAGCCCUUACGGACAAUACGAGGUUGAUUUCGGUGGCGGUCAUGGACUUUGGUGUGGCUCAACAGGACUUGGUGCUGGACGUGCAGUGUUCCCCACCGGCGCCGGUCUUGCCGAAAACGGUUCAGCAGUUGGUGUUGCUAGUCAAAACGAUGAACGAGACGCUGUUUACGCUGGACAAGGUUCUGUUGCAUGAGAUUGACCGGCGGGUGUUUACGCUGAAGGCCGGCGCGGACAAAGUCAUGCUGGAGACCGUUACGACGCUGACGUACCUCUACAUCGGGAUGUCCGACAGCAGCCGGUUGUACGGGUGCACGGCUCGACUCUUCAUGUACAAGUGCUUGUACUACUUCAACUUCAAGGGUCUCCCGCUAAUCUACCUCGUCCUAAAAGCCUUCCCGCAUGCCUUGCCCAAAAAGGGCAGCGUCUACUACGACAACUCGGACGCCAUGGUCAGCACCAUCCGGACCGUGCUCAUGAACAUCAACUUCAUGGAGCGGAGCCACGCCCAGGAUGCGGCCCUCUACAAGAAAGCCGAACUAAUGAAGCUGUUCAAGUACUUUUACGGCUACCAGCCCGGCCAACCCACGUACGACGAACUCAUCACGAACCUCGUCGAAAAGAUCAAAGCCAACAAGCUCAAGAACGUCGACUACUGCCUCAUCCUGGUCGCGAAACGCAAGGGCUACGAGUGGGCCAAGGACGCCAUCGUCCAGAAGCACCUGUACCCGCUCCUCAACGACUACCUCAAGCAGCUGGAGCACGCAGACCGCACCGACGCGCUGGACGAUCGGAUCUGCUGUCUCAUCUUCACCAUCUCGGCGAUCCUGAAAACGCAACCCAACUUCCAGGACGUGUCGCGCUUCAUGCAAAUGUUCGGCAACAUUGUCCAGCUCGCCGGCGGCAACCAGCGCGUGCAGGAGGCGGCCGUCGCCGGGCUCGUGCGGUUCACCCGCUUCGGGUUUGCCGACAUCUACGAGUGGCUGUGCCGGUGGUGCCCGAGCUACGAAGUGAGUGGCCGCACGAAGCUGAUGCUGGCCACGUUCGUGCACCGGAAGGAUGCUCGCUUCUGGAAGCAGCUCAACCAGGGCGAGAUCGUCUAGCGUGUGUAUGUGUGUGUGUGAGCAAGCUUAUUUAUUUAACCGUACACCUAUCUGGUUGUACGGUACCCGCCACACUCAAUCCCUUGAAUGGUAUCUUCAAUUGAGGCGAAGAUAUCCGUUGGUCCGUUUUGUUUUGUGUGUAAUUGCGUGAAAGAGGAUUACGAGAGUUGCGUUUCUGAAAGCAAUCAACCAGAAGUUUCUUUUACUAUAUAUUUGAAAGAAAUAGUGUACAUAUUUGCAAACAGCCAACCUAACUUAAGAUUAAUUCAAUAAUAAAACAGUCAAGUUUCUGAAACUGAUUAAAUGAAACAAAA